AUCACCCAGCCAUGUGCACUCCCCUCCCCCUGCACCCCCUGGAGCAACAGCAGCCAAUCCCUGCUCUGAGAGCUGUACCACUCAGCCCUGAGACCCCCACCAUGGGAUAAAGCCCACUCCCAGCACCUUGUCCUAUGAGAACAAACUUCCAGGGAAAGUGAGAGCAGUGAGAGAAGGUGACCGGAUCCUCCAGAGACAAGGUACUGCUGUGAGCAUCUGUCUGUCUGUCUGUGUCCAGCCUCUGUGUAUGAAAGUGACAUUGGCUACAAGGAGCUGCUCUGUGGAUUUACCAGGGACUCAGAAGAAGAUGCCCAACAGCAGCAUCAGAUCAGAGCUGACCACAGAGAGGGGCUUCUCAGGACCUGCCAGCAAUUUCAAUAUAGGUCACGGAGGUUUGAAUCAGUUAGGUGGGGCUUUUGUGAAUGGACGACCUCUACCAGAGGUGGUGAGGCAGCGGAUUGUUGACCUGGCGCACCAGGGGGUACGUCCCUGUGACAUCUCACGACAGCUCAGAGUCAGUCAUGGCUGUGUCAGCAAAAUUUUGGGCAGUAGGUACUAUGAGACAGGCAGUAUCCGGCCAGGUGUCAUUGGAGGUUCCAAGCCCAAGGUUGCCACCCCCAAAGUGGUGGAGAAAAUCGGAGAUUACAAACGCCAGAACCCAACAAUGUUUGCCUGGGAAAUCAGGGACCGGCUGCUGACAGACGGGGUGUGCGACAAUGACACAGUUCCCAGUGUCAGCUCUAUCAACAGAAUCAUACGCACUAAAGUACAGCAACUUUUUAACCUGCCCAUGGAGAGCUGUGUAAAAUCACUGAGCCCAGGACAAACUCUGAUCCCUAGUUCAACAGUGACACCCCCUGAGUCUCCCCAUUCAGACUCCCUGGGAUCCACGUAUUCCAUCAGUGGUUUGUUGGGGAUCACGCAGCCCAGCGCAGAUGGAAAGCGCAAACUUGAUGACAGUGACCAGGAGAGCUGCAGGCUGAGUAUUGACUCUCAAGGCAGUGUGGGGAUCAGUAGGAAACAGCUCCGUACGGAGGCUUAUGGGCACCACCCUCUAGACGCCCUGGAGUGUCACUUCCAGAGACAACAUUUCCCGGAAUCCUACUCUUCUUCCACUCACAGCAAAACAGAACAGGCUCUAUAUACCCUACCCCUGCUCAACAAUUCAUUGGAUGAUGGAAAAUCAUCACUGACUUCCACAAACACCACAAUUGGCAGAAACCUCUCGACCCACCAAGGAUAUUCUGCUUUAUCUGAAUUCACAGCCUUCUCCAUUAAACAAGAGGCUUCAGACAGCUCCAGCGCUAGCUCCACCCCUUCAUCUUUAUGUAGCCCCACCUUCCUGGAUCUGCAGCCAAUCAGCUCAGGAUGCUCAGCGCCAUCCUUCAGCGCUUUUUCACACCCAUCUGUGUAUGGCCAGUUCACAAGCCAUGUGGCCUCAGGCCGUGAUGUAGUUGGAGCCACAUUGCCAGGAUACCCACCUCACAUACCCAGUGGGCAAGGAAAUUAUGCCUCCUCUGCAAUUGCUGGAAUGGUAGCUGCAGGAGGUGAUUACUCUGCAAAUGCCUACAGCCAUGGGGCUUAUGCAGCAUACGGAGACAGUUGGCGCUUCCCCAGCUCCAGCCUUCUAGGCUCUCCCUAUUACUACAGCUCUGCCACAAGGACUGCACCUCCUCCCACAACGGCAGGAGCCUAUGACCUUAUGUAGUCUUCAUGGAGACCAGUGAGUAGCAUCAUCAACAAAGCAACCAAGCCCUGGGAAAGAGGCUUAAUGGUGGACAAACCUAACCAUGGCAACCCACCAACUGCAAGCAUAUAAAACAACACUGUAACAAGAACAGUGUAGUAAACAUGGACUAUUGUUAACCCCUACUCUUGGACUAUGUUGGACUGUGGGACAUAUUUGUUAACAGAAGAGAUGACCCCGCCAAAGAAAAAGGGAAAAAACCUUGCAGCAAGUGCUUCUGCCAGCCGAACAAACGUAGAAUAUGAAUAGGGCCAUGUACAAUGGAAUACAUACAUAUAUAUUUGGGCAUAUAACAACUGAAAAUGAUAAGAGUUCAGUUGCCUCCAUUACCUUAACAAUGUGUAGAUUUUCCUGCUGAUUCUGAGGAUGAUGGUACACAUGGCCAGGGUCAGACUUGCUGGGGUAGCACAGGAUCUCCUGGUGGGCUCCAGCCAAUGAAAAUUUCAAUUUAUUAAUUGCACCAUAGAUCUAUAUGAAAACAAUUACAUUUAGUUCUGUCUACAAGUGGGGCCUCAGUGGCCGCUUCUCUGAUGGUCCAUAGGAGGCUGAAUCUGAUACUGCACAUGGAGAUUCUCAAUCUCUGCUACAACAACCUGCAGUGGAUGCUUUGAGAUUAGGUUAACAAUAGAUGGAGAGGCACAGAUCAAGAGUGUACCAAAUAAUAAAUGGAGUUUGCACUAGCCAGAGCUCAGCAAGUGCUGGACCUAGGAGGAAACAUACCAACUGCAGCCCAUUUGUCUCCUCCUGAAGGCCUUUACAAAUGCCCCAAAUUAAAACCUGGAAAAAUGUUGGCAGGAAACACUACACAUUGUUUAAAGGUAAUCAACCUGAACUGCCCUUAUUUUACCUUUCUCUGUAACGUCUGUCGCGUUUAGCUGCUCUUCUCAUCUGCCUUUUUGGUUUAAAAGUUUAGGAACUGCCCCUAUUUUAUGUGGAGCCGACUCUGUGUUCCAUCAGCAAAAGCUUCCUCCUCAUUGUUGGAAGUGUAUUUUGUAUAAAGCAGAAUAGAGUUGCAUGGGGGCUGCUGUUCUCAUCCCAAUGCCUGGCUCUGUAGAGAUUUUACAAAUUCAGCAAUAUUUAUCCUUUAUUGUAGGCGAUGUUGGACUGGGAAGCCAGGGGCCCACCAGAGACUGAACUAUUGUCCUUCUCUCCUCACUCAACCUCUUUAUUCUUCUAGUCACUUCCCUUUAUGUACUAUAUCCUAUUCUUCCAUCUAUUCAGCCUCAUUGUUCCAUACAGUAAUAGGGCAUGACCAUAAAAUACUAUAGGUUAGAUGCAGUAGCCCAUUCACACCUGGGCCCACCGGGAGUUAUCCUGGUAUCACGGUGGGCCAGUACGGCCUCCAAAAUAAUUUGUUAAUAAGCCAUUGGAUUUGAUAUCUGUCCACUUUUAAAGGGAUGAGCCUGCAACCCUUUCCCUUUUAGAAAGCAGGAUUUUCCCAAAGCUGUCCAAUGGAUUUGCAUUCAAGUACUUGUACAGAGGAGAGAGGGGAGAUCUUGGUGUUGUGGUACUACCACUCCCUGCACAGUUGCAGGGGCAAAGACUACACAACUAUACUGUAUAUAUUUAUGUAUGUAUGUAAAACAGAUACAUCUAUGCAGAUCUCUAUAUACUGUUGAUGUAGCCACAAGGGCUUUAAAAGUGAUUUGAAUGCACUAAUUAUUUAUACUAUUAGUGUCGGUUCACAUUCAGUCAUGAAAGCGGGACUUUGAAGAAGGUGGCACAAACACAGCAUGGCUAAUUUACUAACAAAGGUGCUAAAAUGGCCCACUGUAGGUAGUCGCCCAUAGCAACCAGCCAAUGAUUAACUGUGAUCAGUCUAACACAUUAGAAAUGAAAAGUUCUUAUUGGCUGUUACUGGUAACGGCUCUGGGACAUGUUAAUACCCAUGUUAUUAAGUCAACCCCGUUGCUUUCUGUUAACCAAUUGAGCUGAAGGUUGGACAUUUCUGAAUUAAUUUUUGAUUGGGGCCUCAGCACACAGUGUCUCUAAUUACUUGUUCUUGGACACAGGCAUAUUUUAUAUUCUACUUCCCACGUGACGGCUGAGUGCACUCAAGUGCUGGGGGUAUAAAAUGCAACAGGUUUGAAUGAAGGAAAGACUUACGAUCAGGCAUUAUUACAGGAUUGUGCCUGCUCCGCACUAAAUGACUUUAUCGCAUGGUCCUGUUUGUGGAAAUACAGCAACUACAGGGCCAGACUGUAAAUAAAUAUUUGUAAUAUAAAAUAUUUUAAAUAAAUAAGCAUGAAAGAA